AUGAUCGUCUCGAACAGGCAAAGAAUAAACAAAUCACUGUCAACCUCUCCACUCCCAAACUCACAACCAACAUCUACCACAAUGAGAACCAUCCGAGCCGGUGUUCUCCAAUCGAUCAAGGUCAUUUCCGACGAUGAAUUCAUCAUCAAGGAUACGAUCUACGGCACCCAUCGCAUCACCGAACCCGUGCUGAUCGAGCUGCUCGACUGUCCCGCGCUCGCGCGUCUACGAGGAGUCUGUCAACACGGUAUAACCAGCCUUCUCGGCUACGGCCCUCAAAUUACCCGCUACGAGCACUCAGUCGGGGCAUUCUUGCUUGUCCGCAAAGUUGGAGGCAGCCUGGAGGAGCAGAUCGCCGCCCUCCUCCAUGACGUCAGUCACACCGCGCUCAGCCAUGUCGCCGACUGGGCGCUGUCGCAGCCCGGCGAGAGUUACCACGAAACCAACAAAAUGGAAUACAUCGCGACCACGACGCUCCCUCAGAUCUUGACAGAGCACGGUAUCGAUCACAAGGUCUUCGACGAGGACUUGUAUCCCCUUGUGGAACGCCCGGCGCCGCAUCUCUGUGCCGACCGCUUGGACUAUACGCUGCGCGAUAGUCGAGUUCUCCAGGAUCUUACACAUGAAAAGGCGAUGCAGGUGUAUGCGACGGUGACGGCGUAUCCGGACGCGACGUCCCCAGAUCGGAUUCUGACUCUUGCCGACCCCCAGCUAGCUCUGGAUCUGGCGCGAGCGUACAUCGCCACAGACCAAGACGUGUGGUGCAACCCGGUUCACCUAGACAUGUAUCGACGAGUGGGCCAAGUGAUCGGGGAUCUAGUUAGUCGGAAGAUUCUCGAUCGAGAUCUCCUCUACAAGUAUCCGGACGUAGAGUUCUGGAGAUAUCUGGCAGCGACGGCGGAGAAGGCCGGGUCGACGGUGAUUGCAGAUAUCGAAGCGGAGGCGAGAGCCUACAUAGGCCAGAACCCAGACCUUACGCCUCCUCGAUCGGAAACGCUGUUACUUCCCACGGGAGCCAAGGUGCGAACCAUUGACCCGGAUGUUGUUUUGGAAGGACAGGCUCCACAGCCGCUGAGUGUAAUUAUUCCCCAGUGGGGCUUUGAGCGCAGAAAGUAUAUCGAACGUCGUGAGGCGCAGCGCGAGAAACCUAGCACGAGAGGCCCAGCCCGAUAUUGA